AUGCGCCACAACAAUAUCAGGAUCUCUCCAUCAGCCUGGAUAAACGACCCCAUGAACUAUCCCUUCCCAGAACCACCCUCGGUCAUCUCCUUGCCGCCCGGUCGGGCCAUGGGGACUUCGCACAGUAUCAUGAGCGCUUCAUACAUGAAGACGCCAAGUUGGAGUGCUCCUGUGGACGCCCAAAGACCCCCCACCACUUCUACUACUGUCGAAAAGGCCACAAGGCCUCCCCACAGCCAUGGGGUAACCGGCAGGUGGAUGAGAUUCUGCGCUCCAAGUCAGGAACAAGGGAUCUCCAUGGAUGGUUGCAGAGGUCUCACUUUUACAGCACGAUAUGUCCGGCACACUGACCUCAAACCCACCAACCCCCAAAAAAAAAAAAAAUCUCCUCUUCCUCUCCCUUUUCACCUCCUUCUCCCCCUCCUCCCCCUGAAUGGAUAUAUAGUGCUGGUUAUUCAGCCCAAGAGUUUUUCAGCAAGUUCCUGCGAGGGAGUCUUCGCCAGUGUAUGA